UGGGGCUAAAAGAGCGAUGACGACCUCAACGCCCGAAAGAAGCAGUUUGGUGGACAUUUCUGAGUUCUAUCACACUCCUUUUUACUGCGAGGAGAAUGUGUACUUUCUUUGCAAGAAAUUAUGCACCAGUGGGAUAGCAGAUGCGAGGGGAUCUGAUCUUUUUGUUGUUUUCAUUUCCAACGAGAAGAAACAGAUUCCAUUGUGGCAUCAAAAGGCUAGCAAAAGGGCAGAUGGGGUUGUUCUCUGGGAUUAUCAUGUGAUUUGCAUUCAGAAAAGAAGAGAAGGUGACACUCCUCACUUAGUGUGGGAUUUAGAUUCAAGUCUUCCAUUUCCUUCUCCUUUAACGUCCUAUGUGUCAGAAACUAUCCGGCCAUCAUUUGAGCUCUUUUCUGAGUAUCGGAGGUUUUUCCGGAUUGUGCAUGCUCCAAUAUUUCUUCAAUGCUUUGCAUCUGAUAGAAGACAUAUGAAAGAUUCUGCUGGGAACUGGACUGCUGAACCUCCUGCAUAUGGACCUAUAAUUGCUGAAGAUGGAGCUGUGCACAACUUGAAUGAGUACAAUGAGAUCUGUGCUGCAGAUGUCAUGACAAAUGCAGGAAGCGACUCGAUCAAUGCGGUCUUCACCCAGAAGCUUGGUGUGCUGGCAAACGAAGGUCAGCUGGAAGAAUUCUUUUCUCAAAUCCCUUGAUGUGUUGGGCAGAGGAUUCUGAAAUUUUUGUUGAGUAUUUAGGGCGAAGAGAUUCAGUUAUGGUGUCAACUCUGAUCACAACAACAUCAAAUGGAAAUCCGGGGCUCAGCAGCAAAUCUUACAUUUCCACCAAGCUCAUCCUACUUCAGGGCCACACCAAAAACCGCACGAUGGGACCUACCACCAGCCAUCUGAAUCUUCUCCAAUCUCGAGACUGACGAGCACCUGAAACCACCCAGCACAUAGACCAUCAGCAAUAGGGGCUCCCACGAAGAGGUGGUUUAAGUCGAUACAGAGGGGCAGGGGGGGUAUUUUGAGCACUAAACCGCAUAAAGUGAGGGUGGGAAUGUUGAUGGGGGUAUUUUGGGCACUAAACCGCAUAAAGUGAUCACGUGCGUUGCACGGGAUCACUAUUCCGUCAGUCAAAGCGGCUUUGAUUGACAAUGCCUGAAUUGAAAAAAAUUGAAACUUUAGGGGGGUGGAUUGCAAAAAUUAAAACUUUAAAGGCGGAAUUGCAAAUCGCUGACAACUUUGGGGGGGAAAACUGUAAUUUUUCCCAAAAAAAAAAGACAAAGUUUUCUUUUGAAUUCGUCAAACUAAAUAUGAAAGAAAACUUUGUUAAAAAAGUAUAACAACUGUUAUUUAUAAUUGUUAUGGGGUGGCUAAAACCUUUUCCCUGUAUAAAUGAACCCUCAAAUGGUUUUUAUGGUAUGAGGCAGGUAUUACCUAAUUUACAACGAGUAAUGUUAGAAACCAUAUUUUUAUCCUAUAAUUAUUCUACAGUGUUGGCCUGUCGGUUUUAAUCAACUCUUGGGUGUUUAUUUUUAAUAAGAACCGAUCAAAAGGUUUGGUUAGAACUACCAUGUUAACAUUGUGAAAUAAAUAUGUGAUUUCUAUAUGACACUCUAAAACUUUGUGAA